AUGACCGAAAAACAAAUGGUGAAAGACGCGGAAAAACAGGCGCCCACGCCUCAAAACCAGAGCCUCAACGGAAGACUGUUGUUCGCCAUCAUAGCUUCGGCUUUCGGUUCGGCAUUCCAACAUGGGUACAACACAGGCGUGGUGAACGCUCCCCAAGCGCUGAUCGAAAAAUGGAUUUCCGGUGUGAUAUCUGACAGAAACGACUUCAAGCCAACGGACCAAACACAAGUGACAUUGAUAUGGGCCAUUGCGGUGUCGAUAUUCUGUGUCGGCGGUAUGGUCGGCGGUCUGAGUACAGGCUUCGUGGCCGAGAAGUUUGGUCGCAAGGGCGGUUUGCUAGUGUCCAACGCACUGGUCAUCCUGUCGGCUGCACUCCAAGGCGUUUCAAAGAUGUACUCAUCGUACGAACUUAUCAUCAUCGGACGUUUUAUCAUCGGUAUCAACUCCGGACUUAACGCUGGGCUGACCCCAAUGUACCUGGCCGAGAUCUCUCCCAUGAAUUUACGUGGAUCCGUCGGAACCGUUUACCAACUGGUCGUUACCAUUUCGAUUUUGAUAUCCCAAAUAUUGGGUUUGGACUACAUUUUGGGUACAGCUGAGCUUUGGCCCAUACUAUUGGCCUUAAUCAUCGUGCCAGCCAUAUUCAUGUUCGCCACAUUGCCUUUCUGCCCGGAAUCACCAAAGUACACGCUGAUCAACAAGAAGAAAGACAUCGAAGCUGAGAGAGGACUGCAAUGGCUGAGAGGAACGAUCGAAGUGCACGACGAGAUGGAUGAAAUGAGAGCUGAAAACGAGGCGAUGAAGGUUAUCCCAAGAGUAACUCUUCGUGAGAUGUUGUCGAAUCCGAUGUUGAAAACUCCACUAGGAAUAUCUGUGAUGAUCAUGUUGUGCCAACAGUUGUCCGGUAUCAACGCCGUCAUGUUCUUCUCCACGAAAAUCUUCAAUAUGGCUGGGAUGAGCAAUGAUGGAGCCAAGUACGCCACGCUCGGCAUGGGUUCACUCAACGUGAUAAUGACGCUGAUCUCUCUAUUUUUGGUUGAACUCACCGGUCGAAAGACUCUGUUAAUGAUUGGAUUUUCUUCCAUGUUCGUCGUCACCGUUAUGCUUACUAUCGCUCUGAUGUUUGUGAAUGUCAGUUCCAUUGUGUCCGGUUUGGCCGUGAUACUCGUCAUGGCCUUCGUCAUCGCGUUCGCCGUCGGUCCAGGAUCCAUCCCGUGGUUCUUAGUGUCCGAAUUGUUCAACUCGUCUGCCCGACCAUUGGCCACCAGCAUAGCCGUCGGAGUCAACUGGACGGCCAAUUUCGUCGUCGGCCUGGGUUUCCUACCUCUACAGGAAAUGUUGCAGUCAAACGUGUUCCUCAUAUUCGUCGUGUUGCUCGCGCUGUUCGUGUUGUACGUGUACAAAAAAGUUCCAGAAACCAAGAACAAGACUUUGGAAGAGAUUCAAAUGGGUUUCAGACAGGAAUCGUACAAAUAA